AUGGUGUUCAUGUUCCCCAUCCUGCUCGCCUCCCUUCGUGCCAUCGGCGUGGCUGUGACAGUCAUCGUCGCAGGUAUCCUGGCGACCCGUUUCAAGGUCUUGACACCGCCGGAGCAUAGCUGCAUGUCGAAACUGUCCAUGAAAGUGGCCAUGCCUGCUCUGGUGUUUUCACGCAUCCUCUAUUGCAACCAGUGUGCGGACCGGGCCGACUGUCCUCGUUGUGCUCCGUUCUCCGAGAUCAUAAGAUCAAGCUGGAUUCUGUUUCUGCUGCCUUUGGUGGUAGUUGGGCUUGGAACAUCUCUCGGCAGAGCCGUGGCCGCAGUUGCCGAAGUGCCCUCGGACUUUCGACGAGGGACCAUCUGCGCAGUCGCUUUCGGAAACUCCACGGGCAUGCCAGUGGUGCUACUGACAGUGGUGAGUCAAUCCAUGACGGCUUUUGGGAAUGGCCCCAUUGGGCAUACCGAUCCCCUGCUUCAUCUUCCCGCAUAUCUGAUGCUGUACCCAGUCCUUCAGUGGGGUAUCGGUACAUGGCUGCUGGCCCCUACGGCCGACGAGGAGAUCACACUGACCAUCCCACCCCCUUGCAAGGGGACGUUGCCUAGACUCUGUGGAGCCGAAGAGGGCUUCUACUACAUGGGCCCUGCAAGGCAAGCCCUGGAACAUGCCUUGGUGCCGCCAGUGCUUGCAGCUUUGGCCGGGCUGUUGGCCCUACCUCUCCGGGUCGGCAUGGCCAUCACGGUCUGCAAGAUGGUCGUGAUGCCCCUCUUGAUGAGCUUGAUUGUGUAUGGCCUGAUACGCUUGGUGGAUGGCAAGGAUCCAGCCAUGUGGCUCGUGGCCCUGAUUGUGACCUGCACACCAACGGCGAACAACGUGGGUAUCAUGGCACAUCUGGGUGGUCAAAAAGUCGAAUCAAUGGCUACUGCCAUUUUCAUCCAGUAUGUGUUUGCCCCGGUGCUCAUAGCUAUGUCACUGACCUACUUCAUGUGGCUAUUAUCUUCCGAGUGGUACCUGCCG